UGCCCAUUGCUAGGCAGAGGCAGCUCCCUCCCAAGGCAGGAGGGAGGCCCACACGGAAGUCAAAACCAACACUUCAUUAACAUGCAACCUCAGGCAGAGUAACAACACUGCAACGAAACCCUGAAACUUUGGGAGCCUCUCAGCUUGUCCUCAGCCCGACAGACUGAUCAGAGAAAAAGGAGAGCAGGAGGAAGAGAAAGAUUCCAAUUCACCAUGCAGGAGGAAAUUCUGUUGACUCCCUGGAGAAGUUUUCCUUUUGAAGACUCAGACCCAUUUGCCCUCAUGGAUGAAGAGAAGUGGGAUUUCGUCCUUGUGAGUGACAUCCAUGAAAUGGGCGGUGAGAAAGAGAUCAAAAGGAAGAAGUUCCUGGAUGAGCUGAGCAAGAAGGGGUUCACCAUCAAGAAAAUUGAGGACAGGAAGCUAUUUUAUGGGGUCCGUGCCCCAAAACACUUCUUCCGGAAAUACCAAUGGCUCUUGAGGAACCCUGACAGCAGGCUGCAAGACCUCAAUGCCCAGCAGGACAUACCAGUGACCACCAGGAUACGGAUCGUGAACUUCAUCUUGCAUAACACAGUGACACCCGACCUCGAGAAGCUGCGUGACCUGAUGAAGAAAAAUGUCUUUGAGGCAGCAUUUCCACUGCACGAGAAAGAAGAGGUAAGGGAAUUCCUAAAGGAGAAAUGGGCCCGCUGGAGAGAUAUAUUUUGCCAACAGCCAAUUGAGAAGAUCAGAUGCUAUUUUGGUGAAAAGGUGGCCCUCUACUUCGCCUGGCUUGGCUGGUACACCUACUUGCUGGGAUUUGCUGCAGCGGUUGGACUGAUGGUCUUUGUGGCUGGGAUUACCGUUUUCAAUUCCAGCCAGGUGAGCAAGGAGAUCUGUGAAGCCAAUGACACCAUCAUGUGCCCACUCUGUGACCAGAAGUGCCCAUUCUGGCUGCUUGCUGACACCUGCACAUAUGCCAGGGUCACUCACAUGAUUGACAACGAAGGGACAGUUGUGUUUGCCAUGUUCAUGGCAAUUUGGGCCACGGUGUUCCUGGAGUUGUGGAAGAGGCAGAGAGCCCAAGUGGUCACCAGCUGGAAGCUGUAUGGGUGGGACGAGGAUGAGGAGGAGCUGGCUAUGGAGCUGAUCAACAAUUUGCAGCAUGAACCUCGGCGGUAUCGGCACUCUUACUUGCGCAGCACCAUUGUGCUCCUCUUGGUUCUGCUCAUGAUUGUUGUACUGAUUGGCAUCGCCCAUGCACUUGUCAUUUAUCGGGUGGUCGCCACGGCUCUCUUCACCCAGAGUGACUCCGAGUUCUUCCGUGAGCAAGCUAACCUGGUGGCAGUGAUGACAGGGGCCGUGCUGCACUACAUCACCAUUGUCGUCAUGACCAAGAUCAACAGACGUGUGGCCCUCUUUCUCUGUGACCUGGAGAAACCACGGACCUUCUCCCAGCGUGAGAACAACUUUACCAUAAAGAUCUUCAUCUUCCAGUUUUUGACGAACUUUUCUUCGCUCAUCUACAUUGCUUUCUUUCUGGGGAGGAUCAAUGGUCACCCAGGAAACUACGUGCGCAUUGCUGGCAAGUGGAGGCUGGAGGAGUGCCACCCCAGCGGCUGCAUCACUGACCUCUUCAUCCAGAUGGCCAUUAUCAUGAUGCUCAAGCAAACCAUCAGCAAUGUGGUGGAGUACCUUGUCCCCUGGCUAGCCCACAAAAUACGCAAGAGGCAGAAGCAUUCCAAGAAGAAACACCUGGUGCUGGGGGAGGAGGAGGAGGUUGAGGACCCCUGCAAAAAGCAGUGGCUAAGCAACUAUCAACUCAACGAGGUCAACAUCUUCAGCUUGUUUGAUGAAUUCUUGGAGAUGGUGAUCCAGUACAGCUUCACCACCAUUUUUGUUGCUGCCUUUCCCCUGGCCCCAUUGCUGGCGUUCUUCAACAACCUCUUUGAGAUUCGCCUAGAUGCCAUCAAGAUGAUGCGGCUGCGCCGGCGCAUGGUGCCCAGGAAGGCCAAUGACAUUGGAAUUUGGCUGCAGGUCCUGGAAGCCAUCGGCAUCCUGGCUGUCAUCGGGAAUGGAUUGGUGAUUGCCAUCACAUCUGACUUCAUCCCUGUGCAGGUCUACAAGUACACAUACAGCCCCUGCAUGAAAGAAAACAACACUGCUGUUGACUGCUUGACUGGUUACAUCAACCACAGCCUCUCUGUCUUCCAUAUCAAGCACUUCGAGCCAGACACAAAUCUGGCUGUAGAGAUCUUAGAUUUGGUCAAGAAUGGGACUACAGUGUGCAGGUACCGGGAUUACAGGAAUGAUGAGGACUACAGCUACACCGUCCAGUUCUGGCAUGUCUUUGCAGCCCGGCUUGCCUUCCUCAUCCUCUUUGAGCAUGUGGCUCUCUGCGUCAAACUGAUUGCAGCCUGGUAUGUCCCUGAUGUGCCCAUGUCAGUUAAGAAUCAUCUUCUGGAUGAAAAGCACAACAACCUUCGGAAAGAACUGAGCAUGAUGGAGUACUCCACUGAAGUGUAGCCUCCUCUCAUGGAAGAAAGUGAAACAUGGACUUGAGCCCCUCUCCCCAGCCUGCCAGCACAGUCAGAGAGGCAUUCAUGUGCUCUGGCUGUCACCAACCAUGGACUUGAACUGGGGAGUGAUGAGGUGACAGCAGCUUCACAGGAGCAGGAUGCUUAUAACUAGUACAGCCACAAAGAGGAAGAAAGUGGCAGCAGAGGUAGGAAUAGCGUCUUCCCAGCAAACUCAGCAGUUGAGGAAGGGCUAUGACACAAUGGAGCCAGGCUCCUCUACAGUCCUCAGCACCAUGCAGAGAGCUCAGCAUGUUUGGCAGCAUCCAGCCAUCACUGGGUGAGCAUGACACUGGCCUGCAGGAGGUGACCUGGCUUCCAUGUCAGUCAUUGCCUUCAUGUGCCUUGUAGCAUCAUGGGAAAAAGUGGCUACCUCAUUCCAGGUUCCCUCUCCAGAUCUUCCUUGCACUUUGGCCCCCUCUUCCUCUGCUUUCAGUGACCUCCCUGCUCCCACACUGUAAAGAAGCUUCAGUCCUUCCUCUUUCAUGACAGCCAGCACAAUCUGCCUCGCAGCACGACUACCACAUAGCUGUGGUUCCAAACUAUCCUUUUCCCAAUCUUUAGUAAAUUGCACUUGUUAUUCUGAUUGUCUUUUGCACAGGGCCCUACCAUGUCCCCGCAUCUGCUUUAACUCAAAUAUAUACCCAACUCAACUACAAGAAAAAUGGUCAAUAAACACAGCGACUGUAAAAACUCAAGCAGACGGACCCUCAGCCACCAAGGGUCACUGUAUUCACACUGCUAUCUUUCCUGCCUCCCCUUUCCUAUUCACAGCACCUAAAGAUCAUUCAUUCCCACUUCUUUUUUCUUCACGUGGAUAAUGAAAAAAAGGCUGGAGCUUAAGCAUUUGUGCCUAGCACACUGAGGUGGAGUGAGAGGUGCUGGCUAGCGGCAGAAUUAAAGGAAAUUGACAUAGUGGCAAGAACAAGAGCAAGAACAUGCUGGGCUGACAGAAGUACACGUAGCUACAGAGAAAAUCCCGAGUCACAAGGCUAGAAAGUGUUAUCUCUUGCUGCAAAGCACAAUCCAUUAGCCCCGCCAGCUUGGUAUUUCAUCAUCUCCUCCCUUACAGCCCUACAACAGUGAACACAAGAGUUUGCCUAUGGCAAAGCAGGGGUUACAUGCCCCAACUGGUCUGGUGUCAGCGCAGUCAUUGGAACUUAGUUCUAACAUUUGUGUGUUCUUGGCUUCAUAGGUUUGCUCACUGCCAGGUCUACCUGUAGCUUUACCAAAUUGAGGCAGAGUUAUUUGCAUUAAAGGAACAAAGUCUUUGUUCACAUCACAUGGAAAUGACAAUGUGCCCUCAAACAUGUGACUCUCCACUCAACCCUGAGUGCAGAAACAGCCCUUUGGUACCCCACAGCAUUUCCAAAUUACAUUAUUUUGGACCUGUGCGUGGCAGCCUUGCUGAGCUGGGUCUGCAAACACUUGAGAAAAACAACUUUUCUCUAACUUUUGUUAAUGAGAAAGACAGGAGCACCGGUCAGGUCACUACAGUUCAGUUUCCAGCUUUGUUACCAUCCUUGUAAACCCUGGGGCAAAUCCACUGGAGAGUUUCAAAGCUGACCUAAGAGUCUUUCUCUUUAUGAGAACUGAAAUCCUUUAACCAGUUCUGAAGUUUAACCUUGAGCUCCAUGCUUUCAUCCUCUCCUCUGUCAAAUAGCCACAGAUGGCCACUUGUGUUAAAUUGUGGGGGUAUACUGAAUAGAAUAUGGGAGCUAGGCAGGUGUCACUGUGCAAGUGUGUGAGCACGUGUAAUAGACACACAACCACAAUACAAACUCGGAAUGAUGCAGACAAGCGAAGAUGAGCAGCAUAGCUCAGGAUCAACUAUUUCAUUAGGGCUGAUCUGUCAUGUUCUGUAAUUAAAAGUCAGGUUAGCCUGAACCCCUGCUGCAUACAGAACGAUAUUCCUGCACAGAAAUGUACGUGGUGAUGCUUCUUCCAGUAAUAAAACCUGUUCUUAGCA